AGCCAGCAGCCGCCCCCACCUAGCCAACACCUCCCCAAGCCCAAGGGGGACGCGGCCCUGAAGAUGCGGGCAUCGGUGCGCAUGACCCGCUACCUCGAGUCCUGGGGCGCCGCGCGGCCCUUUGCGCACCUCAACCACCGUGAGAGUGUGAGCAGUGGCGAGACACCUGUCCCCAAUGGCCGGAGGCCCAAGGCCAUUCCCCUGCGGCGCCACCGGACCCCGGACAGGAGUGCAUCCCCCAAGGGGCGGUCGGAGGAUGACUCGUAUGAUGACGAGAUGCUGUCAGCCAUCGAGGGGCUCAGCUCCACGAGGCCCUGCUGCUCCAAGUCCGACGACUUCUACACCUUCGGGUCCAUCUUCCUGGAGAAGGGUUUUGAGCGAGAGUACCGCCUGGCGCCCGUCCCGCGAGCCCGCUACGACUUUGCCUGUGCCAGCCUCAUCUUCAUCUGCAUCCUGCUCGUGCACGUCCUCCUGAUGCCCAGGACGGCGGCUCUGGGUGUGUCCUUUGGGCUGGUGGCCUGUGUGCUGGGGCUGGUGCUCGGCCUGUGCUUUGCCACUGAGUUCCUGAGGUGCUGCUCCACCUGGGGGAUGCUGCGGACCAUCUCCGAGAGGGUGGAGAUGCAGCCCCUGCUGAGACUGUCCCUGGCGGUCCUGACCAUUGGCAGCCUGCUCACUGUGGCUGUUGUCAACCUGCCACUGACGUGUUUCCCAGCCCUUGAACUGCCUGGUGACAACGAGACAAGCCUGGUGGCUGGGAGCAGCACAGAGAGGACCCUGUGUGAGCUCCUUCCGUAUUACACCUGCAGCUGCGUCCUGGGCUUUAUCGCCUGCUCCGUCUUCCUGCGGAUGAGCUUGGAGCUGAAGGUUGUGCUGUUGACCGUGGCGCUGGUGGCGUACCUGGUGCUCUUCAACUUCUCCCCGUGCUGGCAAUGGGACUGUUGUGGCCUCGGCCUGGGGAACCUCACCGAGACCAAUGGCACUCUCAGCAGUGCCCCCAGCUGUUCCUGGAGUGACCUGAGAACCAUGAUCUAUUUCUAUCUGGUCCUGUUUUAUGUCACCCUCCUCAUGCUCUCCAGACAGAUUGACUAUUACUGCCGCCUGGAUUGUUUGUGGAAAAAGAAGUUCAAGAAGGAGCAUGAGGAGUUUGAAACUAUGGAGAAUGUGAACCGCCUCCUUCUGGAGAACGUCCUGCCAGCCCAUGUGGCUGCCCACUUCAUUGGUGACAAGUUAAAUGAGGACUGGUACCAUCAGUCCUACGACUGUGUCUGUGUCAUGUUUGCAUCCGUGCCGGAUUUCAAAGUGUUCUACACAGAGUGUGAUGUCAACAAAGAAGGGCUCGAGUGCCUGCGCCUGCUGAACGAGAUCAUCGCUGACUUUGACGAGCUUCUGCUAAAGCCCAAGUUCAGUGGAGUGGAAAAGAUCAAGACCAUCGGCAGCACAUACAUGGCAGCUGCAGGGCUCAGUGUCACCCCAGGGCACGAGAACCAGGACCUGGAGCGGCAGCACGCCCACAUCGGUGUCAUGGUGGAGUUCAGUAUCGCCCUGAUGAGCAAGCUGGACGGCAUCAACAGGCACUCCUUCAACUCCUUCCGCCUCCGAGUCGGCAUAAAUCAUGGGCCUGUGAUAGCUGGAGUGAUUGGGGCACGAAAACCUCAGUAUGACAUCUGGGGAAACACGGUCAAUGUUGCCAGCCGCAUGGAGAGCACUGGAGAACUUGGGAAAAUCCAGGUUACUGAAGAGACCUGUACCAUCCUCCAGGGACUAGGGUAUUCUUGUGAAUGCCGUGGACUGAUUAAUGUCAAAGGCAAAGGCGAACUGAGGACGUACUUUGUCUGUACAGACACUGCCAAGUUUCAAGGGUUGGGGCUGAACUGAGGGCUUCUGGUGGACUCAGAACAUGCUGGGAAGCCAAUUUCCUUCCCUGAAGUAAGCCAAGGAGAGGGCUCAGUCCUGUGCCAGUCGCAAAUGCAUUUUAGGGGCGUAUCCAUGGAAGAUGGCUGUAUGGCUUCCUUGGACUUGUGCUAGAGGACUUCUUGGACACGUGUGCCAGAUGCUGCUUGAAGGGACCACUGAGUCUAAGAUGCAGUGGUAGCCAGAACCUCUGUACUGUCGCUCUGUAAGGUUUCCAGGUCAGCUGGAAAAGGAUCACUGGUAUGACAACUAUAUUUGUGAGUUUGAGACCUUUGUUCCCAAGAUGCUGUGGAGGCGAUCUUAUAGCAUGACCAAAACAAACGUCCACCUCCAUGGCCUGUGAGCAUUCACAAGGGAGAUUUAUUUUUGUCUAGGUACAAAGGAGGACUAACACAAGUUGUCUAGCCUUGGCUGGAGAUACCCUUCUCCAUAGCGGGCCUGGCCUUGGGAUUCAGUGUUUCUCACACAGGCAUUU